UGGUUAGACUGAAAUAAAACCACAGCAGAAUGUCAUAACAAGCGUUAUCAGUACUCUGCAUAUUCAACAAGAAAAUGUGAAACAUUGUGAUAUUCUGUCAUUUUUCUAAGAAAAAAAAAAGAAUCAGUAAAAUAUUUUUGAUAACAUAUAAUUUAUACCAGGGAGUUAAUUAAAUAUAUUUUCGAAAAUUUAUAAAUUCAAAGAAAGAAAAGAAAAAGGAGAACAAACGAAUAGAAUGAAAAUUGUGUAUUAUUUGGCAGCUUCCGUAUUCAUAUUUAUCACACUCUCAUUGACAAUUUACCUAGUUCUUCAGUUUGUUUAUUCUGACGACGAUGAAAAGCCUCAACUUGAAUUAACCAUUGUUGUUUUUAGAAAUGGAGAGCGAAUGCCAUACACUGAUGCUGGAGAGGGCUAUAAGAACAACCCGAACGUGGAAAAUAAUUACUUUCCAAUGGGACAAAGUGGAUUAACAAACGAGGGAAAACUAAAUGAAUACAAAUUAGGGCAAACUCUUCGAGAAAAGUAUAAAGAUUUUUUAAAUUCAACAUAUCAAUAUGAAUUUAUUGAAGCACGAAGCACAAUUUAUGAUUCGACCAAAGUUUCCUUGCAAUUAGUUCUUGCAGGAUUGUAUCCUCCAGAUAGUUCACAAAUUUGGAAUUCUUCAAUUAAAUGGCAGCCAAUUCCUUUUGAAUAUGAACCGGAAACUGACGAUAUUUUGCUAACGUCAAUAAAAUGUUCUCGCUAUUUGGAAGAAUUGAAAAAUUUGAAGCAAACUAUUCAGGUGAAGGAGAAAUUACAAAAAUUUGAAAAUUUGAUACAAAAUUUAUCGAAUAUUACUGGAGAGAAAAUAAAUAAUUUAUCUGAUUUAUAUAAAAUUCAUUUCACCCUUGAGAUGGAGGAAAAAAUGAAUCUCAAAUUACCAAAUUGGACGAAGUAUGUUCUAAAUAAUACUCAAGUAAUGGAGGCAAUUUUAUUCAACUUUGAAUUAAUGACUUACAAUAAUUUGAUGAAAAAAUUGAGUACCGGCUCUCUUAUAAACAAAAUAGCAGAUGAAAUGAUAAGAAUAAAAGAUAAUCUAUUGAGGAAGAAAACAAAAAUUUAUCUCUACAGUGGACAUCAUGAUAAUCUCAUUAACUUACUGUCUACACUUGGAGUCUAUAAGUUGCACAUUCCUAAAUUUUCAAGUGCAAUAAUGAUCGAAUUGCACAAAUUAAAUAACCAAUAUUUUGUGCAGAUACUCUAUUAUUCGGGAAUUCCAUCUAAAAUUGAAAUUUUAGAAAUUCCAGGAUGCUUAAAGUUAUGUCCUCUAGAUGAAUUUCUCGAAUUGAUGAAACCUGUGUUGCCAGAGAAAAAUGAAAAUGUUUGCAUACAAACUUCUUGAUAGACUAUAGUCUACAAUAUAUGCUGGAAAAAUUGUGAUGUACAUCAGAGAUUAUUCAACUACCAAUUGGAAAUUGGUUCUUUAGUUAUAAUUAGCUUUUGUAACUAUAUAUAAUUUAAUAAAAUAUUAAUUUUAAAGUA